CAACAUACUAUGGUGAAAUUUCUUGUGAUAAUACUGGUUGUUUAUUAAAAGAUUUGAAUUUUUAUAUGUGUUAUCAAUUCAAUAAAGAUGAACAAAACGUGUGCAUGCUUCCUGAAGAAGAUGAAAUAAAUACAAAUAUAUUUGAUAGAGCAAAUUUUGCAUUAAUUAUGAUAGUCGAUUAUAUACAAGGAUUUUUUAAAAUGAGAAAACUUCGAAAUAAAAUCCCACCACCAGAUCCACAACGACCAAAUGAACAAGAUCCUAGAUAUAUUACAGAUCUGAAUAGUUAUUUUUUAGGCCAACAAUUUUCAUUUAAUGCAGGUCAAACAGGUUUACCAGUAUAUUUUAGUGAUGGAAAAAUUGAAAUAGCUUACAGAUAUAAUGCUGAUAUUGAAAAUUCAUUAGAAUUAGCAACAUUAAUUGUAGCACAACUUCAACAACAACAAUAA